AUGCAGCGCCUCUCCCUGCCCCAGAUGCCCUACAACCCUACACGCCUCCUCCAAACCAACGACACCCUCUACGUCUUCCGCCCCUCGUCGCAAUCCACCACACAGUUCGCCCUUAGCACCAUCGAUCUAUCUUCCCCGGUCAGAGCGUCGAAUCUACCUUACAAUACCUUGUACGCUGCGUUACCCUUCCUUGACGAUGAAACCCCCCGGGCUUUCACCCCAGUUCUCGACCAGGACGGCAACUUGACUGUGUAUACUGGCGACUGCACUCUGGGUGCGAGUGGUGGAGAGUUGUGGACCUUUGUGCCGGAUACGUCGGAGAAUGUCGUCAAGGGCAGUUGGAGCAAGCAACAUGUCUCAGUCGUCGACGGUUCACAUACGUCCAUUAUGGGCGCCAACUACCUCAGCGGCGGCAUGACCUUCUCGUCAAUUGUGGGGGGCAACGCUGCAGACACCGGUACGUACUUGUUUGGAGGCAUGUGCCCCGACCAAAACGACACUGCAGGCGACUGGCAAUCUGCCGCCAACUACUCCAACUUGAUGGUCACCUUGCAACCCUCCGGAGAUGCCGCUCAACCUCUCAACUACGACACCGAUGUAUCGUCCAGUCGCGGGCCGCCUGUACCAGAAGCCGGUUUCACAAUCACAGGUCUACCACCCACCUUCUCCGACCGAAGCGAUGGCACGCAGAUCCAGCAACAGAACUUUGUCCUCAUCGGAGGUCACACCGAAGCUGCCUUCAUCAACAUGUCCCAGAUAGCCCUCUUCUCCCUUCCAGAACAGGGCUGGACCUUCAUUGGUGUCGAACAACCCGAUACCUCCCGUACAGACCUAGCGAUCCGAGCAAACGUUGCCUCGGUCGAUCCCCGUUCCGGUCAUACAGCCGUGCUUAGUCCAGAUGGUCAGCAGAUCAUCGUCAUCGGUGGUUGGGUGGGCGACAUCGACACACCAGCGGAUCCUCAACUCGCUGUACUGAACGUCGCAGACGGUUAUGGUGGUAGUGGUGACUGGCAGUGGAUAGUGCCGUCUACCACUGGUGCUGGGUUGCCAAAUGAUGCCGGUCUCUAUGGCCAUGGCGCGGCCAUGUUGCCAGGUGGUGUUCUAAUGAUCACCGGAGGUUAUUCUAUACCAUCGUCUGCGAAUACGCAGACCUACUUCCUUAACGUCACUUCCAAUUCCUGGAUAUCCGACUACACACCUCCUGCCGUCCAGGCUCCACCACAGUCUUCCAACAGCGGCCUUUUGUCUACGACUGGACAAAAGGCAGGAUUGGGCGUUGGUAUCGGUAUCGGUAUCGCUGCUGUAUGUGGUUUACUCGCACUCUGGAUGUGGUACACAAGACGUUCAAAGAAGCGAAAGGAGCUUCGUGAAAAGCAACUACAAGAAAUCUCCUACACAACGCACAGGUACAACGUCGACGAAAACUCCCCGAGUUUCGAUGAUCGCGGCGGACGCAUUGACGCUCUGGACUAUCUUGUUGAUCAGAACGGCCCGUACUACUUCCCAUCCGGCACACAGGGUGGUCAAGGCUGGAAGGCAGCCGAACGAGGUGAUGUAGAGAGGUCAGGCUUACUUGUUGAGAUCCCGAGUCCAACGCGCGGACUACGACGCAACCUAAGCGGUAGACCACAGUACGCUAUGGGCAGGCCUCGGGGUCCGGGAGGCAUUCAUCCCAUUGAUGAACUAGAAGAAGAGCCUGAUGAGGAGUUGGCGCACGAGAAUGGUACACCAGCUAGGCAACCUGAGAUGAUCGAGACACGGCCACGAUCUGGGGCAGCUAUACUUGAUAACGCCCCUGUUCUGGAUCCUUUUACCGAAUCUCCUGGACGUAGUAGGAAUGCGUUGAAUUCCAACCCUACUUCGCCUCACCACCAGAGCUCUGAGAUGAACACGAAUCAGCCGAUGAUCGCGGGAAGGCUCUCGCCUGACAAAUCUUCCUCAGAACGUACUAGUUCUAACCUCAGCGAGAGGAGUACACUGUCUUGGACGUCUUCCAACGGCGGCGUCGUGCGGAGUACAUCCAUGCGUUCAGGCCCCAUGCUAAACACUGCCACCCGCGGUAAUCCGUUCAAGACGCCAGAUUCCAGCCCAACUCACGACCAGCCCAGCAGAAAUAAUGACACAGGUUCACACUCUCCAGACCAUGCGCGAACGCACUCUCUCAGCAGUCUACGCAACAAUGGUCACCACGACAUCGACUCCUUUCAUACCCCCCAAUCCUCAUUCGCACAUCUCCAAGCUCAGGGCGAAGCACUUCUCGGCGGAAACCCAGAAAAUAGAGCAAGGCCAGACACGGGUUCAAGUGAGUCGACAACUCAUCGCGAUACAGACGGUAGUUAUAGUCGGGCUGCGACUGCUACGCCAGCAACACCAUUCUCAAUGGACCUUGCGACCGUUGCCCGUCCAGCUCCCAGGGAACGACGGAUGAGCUGGUUGGGAAGCGUGAGGAGAGUGUUGACGAGGAGUGUGAGCAGUGCUGAGAGGACGAGGAGUAUGACUGCUGCGACAAUGAACUAUCAGGAUGUGCAACAAGAGCCGUACAGAGACGAUCCCGUCGAGCAGCCGUCUACGCCGGUUCACAGGAAAAGCAUGCCUGCAACGACGGCGACACCACAGCGAGCUGCCUCGGAUGCUAGUUUCUGGCGAAACAGAAGAGGGAAACAGGAUUGGUUGGAAGAUGAAACGGAUCCAGCUUGGCGUCGCACGGCGGGCGAUGAUUGGGGCGCACCGGAAGACAUUGCCAUGGCGGAGCGGGAACGUGCGAGGCAGGAGUGGAGAGAACGGGGUGCGAAUCUGCUUGUCAAUGUGGGGAGUGAGGAGAGGUUGCCUACGCCUACUAAAACGCCUAUCAGGGGGGAGCAGUUGGGUGUGCCAAGAGGAAGAGGAGGAAGUGAGAGUACUAGUAGGCCUUGCACACCAGCUAGCGAGGCGGACUGGGAUGUCGAAGCUGCGGUUGAGAGGAGGGUUGUGCAAGUCAUGUUUACGGUUCCGAAAUCUAAACUCCGCGUCGUCAAUGCGGAUGUAGACGGGAACAGCAUAUUGUCUGUAGGACAAGACGCUGAUGACGGCAACGGCAGCAGCAGCAACAACAACAGCAGCAGGGGAGUCAAGGACACAAGAAGUGUCAAGGAUCUCGCUGGCCGCUUUGAGCAAAUGAGCCGUAGAAGCAGCACACCGAGAACGUCGCCCAGACCUUCUCCGUCGAACUCUAUCAAGAGUUUGAAGGUUAGAGGGAAGAAGAGUAGUGAGACAAGUCUGGCCAGGCAGACUAGUAUUAGAAGUGCGAGGAUGGCUAGUGGAAAUGGCAAAGAGAAGGCAAAUGAGUAA